AUGGCGAAUUCUCCGUCGCACAAGUCCAGUCGGAGCCCAGCCUCGUCCACCUCCGGCGGCCAAGACUCCCUUUCACAUUCCAGAGAUCGCCGCGAUGCCGUAGCCUCCUCCGUAUCCGCAUCCGCCUCUGCCGACGACCCCGUGCCGGUUGAGACACUGGUGGAACAUCUCCUUGCUGCCAAACGCUCCCUAUCGUCGAUGACGGCCGUUCUGCGUGCCAAUGAGAUAGCCACCAACGCCCGUCAGGCCCACGAGGAGGCAGUCGUUUUAUAUGCCGAGAGCCAGUUCUUGCAGCGCGCCAUCUCUGAGCAAUUAGCGCUGCUGAUGAAGGUUCGCCGCGGGCUUAAGAGGACCUACGAUGCCGGGAAACGCGACUUCAAGAAUCUCGUCAAGACGAUGGACGCGACGAAUGAGAAGCUGCAAGAUACGAUGGCCAUGCUGAAGAAUACCACAGUAGAGAGUGUAUUCAGACCCCCCGGCGAGGAGCGACGGAACUUGAUGGACUUUGUGGACGAAAACAGCGUCCACGUCAUGGUCGAGGCUCUGAAACAGAGCCUCGGAGAGCUGCAGGCCAUUCAAACAUCAUUUGAUGGCGAUCUACUUCGUUUCGACGACGAUCUGCGAGCCCUGAAGAAGACGGCAGUCUCACCACCUGUGACUCGAUCUCCAUCCGACUCAUCCUCCUACGACCCGAUCCCUGAACUCCUUGUGUCCCUCGUCGAUCACUCGCAUCUCAUGGCACAACUUUUAACGUCACUUACGAAACACUUUGACCUCUGCGUCACGGCAGUCCGGACAACGGAAGGUGGCGCGGCUCUCGCUCGCCGUAGGGCGGCGGAAGUGACGCAGUCCCAAGGUGGUGACGGCGUCUCGAUAUCGGGAGUAAUUGCAGACCAGGAGUCACACAUGCCGGACCUCGAGCCCACCACGACACAGGACCGUGCGGAUAUGCUUGAUAUUGUCGUGAGCGACGCAGCUGAAGUCGAUAGCGUCAUUCAAGAGAUCAACGAGAGACUGCACGCGAUGGAAGAGGACUUCGCAGCUCUAACACAGCAGACAGAGCGGAUCAAGGCGGCUUUCCUCGGGACGCUGGAUGCCUUCACGGCGCUGGAGGACACGGGCGGCAGGGUAGCGAGUUACAUCGCUAGCGAGGCCGAGUUUCUGCAGCGCUGGGAGGACGAGCGCUACACCAUUUACGGUAAACUCGGAGAGAUGGACGACCUUAGAGACUUUUACGAAAAGUAUGCGGGCGCGUACGACAACCUGAUCUUGGAGGUUGAGCGACGACGACUCGUGGAGGACAAGAUACAAAACAUCUGGCGCAAAGCGAAAGACAGCGUCGACAAGCUUAUCGAGAACGACAGGAGGGAGCGGGAGGGUUUCCGUCAGGAUAUAGGCGAGUUUAUCCCUACAGACCUGUGGCCCGGUAUGGAUGCCGGGAUGAAACGGUUGGAGCUCGUGGCGGUUGACGACGGCACGGCGGAGGAGGAUGCGAGCGGAGGGCAGAGAAGCACGCCAGCGCUGGACAGGAGCGUUGUGGAUGCCGCCAGGGACAGAUUGGAGCGAAGCCAACAGCGGUAG